AUGGCGCAGGCGUCGUGCCUGGUCAUUCAGCUCGGCGGGGGCGACGCGCCCCCUGGCCUCGGGGAGCCAUGGCGCGUCAUGGAGGUCGGGGACCGGCAGUACCGCAACCGCCAGGGCGUCAAGACGACCAAGCCCUUCAGGAGCUGGAUCGAGCCCAUGCUCCAGCAGGCUUCGCCCCGCCAGUGGGCCGCCUGCCCCGACGUCAUCGCUGUGGUGCCUGCUGGCCCACUGGAAGGCGGGCCGUGGCCCCCCUCCUGGCAGAUAGAUGCUGGGUGGGAGCCAGGGCAGCCCGCCCUCACCCUCACGCCCGACUACCCCAUGUACAUUUCCAUGGUGUGGUGCGAGGACGGGCACCAGCGGACCCAGCGGUACCGCCGA